GGAUGAGAUCUACUUGAUAAAUCCACAAUUUCCCAAUCGGCCAUCUACUACCAAUACAAGACCUUCUCAAUAUGUCUUCCACCACCCUUGCGCCUUACAAAGUCGAGUUUCUACAAGCAGCAAUCAAUGGCGGGGUCCUCAAAUUCGGCAGCUUCGAGCUGAAGUCAAAACGAAUCUCGCCCUACUUCUUCAAUGCUGGCGAUUUCUACCGUGCCGAUCUCCUUCGAGCAAUAUCUACGGCAUACGCAAAGACGAUCAUCGAAGUCGAAGAAUCCUCCUCCCCUCUCGAUUUCGACAUCGUUUUUGGGCCUGCGUACAAAGCUAUACCGCUUUCAACUUCGACAGUGGACAAGCUUGCAGAUUUGAAGCCUGAAAAGUACGAGAAAAUGUGCUACAGUUUUGACAGAAAGGAGGCAAAGGAUCAUGGAGAGGGUGGAAAAAUCGUGGGUGCGCCAUUGAAGGGAAAGAGAGUUCUGAUUGUGGACGAUGUUGUCACAGCUGGUACAGCGAAGAGGGAGGCCAUCGGCAAAAUUCGACAAGAAGGAGGAAUUGUUGUUGGUAUCUUGGUGGCAUUAGACAGAAUGGAGAAGCUGCCUGCUCCGAAUGGGGAUGAUCCAAGCACUCCUAUGCCUAGUGCUAUUGGGGAGCUCAGAAAGGAGUAUGGUAUUCCGGUCUUCGCAAUCCUGACACUGAACGACAUUAUCGAGGGAUUGAAGGGCAAGAUUGCAAAAGAGGAUAUAGAACGGAUGGAAGAGUACCGAGUGAAGUACGCGGCAAGUGAUUAGACAAUGAUACCCAUUCCAAAGCAAUUUCCUUCUCCAAUACUAAACUCACAGUGAAACAACAGACAUUAUCGUAUUGAUUGGCGCUGUGAAGCUGCAAGCCUCUGGUAUCUCCAAAACCAACUCAGCUUGUGAACAACAUUGGUCAUCCAUACAUUGCUCUUGGCUGCAGUUGCUUCAACUCCAAAACCAUGUC